AUGAAUUAUACCUCAUUAGACCACAGUGCUCUCCAUAAUCACCAAGCUGCUACGCUGCUAUGUUGUAACUGUGGUGUGCCCAUCAACGGGUCUGCCGGUUUAGUUAUGUGUUACGAUUGUAUCAAGCUGACCGUUGACAUCACGGAAGGAAUACCCAGAGAAGCUAAUGUUUCAUUUUGCAGAAACUGCGAGCGGUUUUUGCAACCUCCAGGACAGUGGGUGCACGCACAACUAGAAUCGAGAGAACUUCUGGCGCUAUGUUUGCGCCGCCUGAAAGGUCUCAAUAAAGUCAGAUUAGUGGAUGCCUCAUUUAUUUGGACCGAACCACAUUCUAGACGUAUUCGUGUUAAACUCACGGUGCAAGGGGAGGCUAUGACUAAUACUAUCAUCCAGCAAACAUUCGAGGUCGAGUAUGUGGUUGUUGCGAUGCAAUGUGCCGAUUGCGCUCGUUCCUACACCACCAACACAUGGAGAGCCACCAUACAAAUCAGACAAAAGGUUCCUCACAAACGUACCUUCUUGUACUUGGAACAGUUGAUUCUAAGACACAACGCGCAUGUGGACACCAUCAACAUCCAAGAAGCGAAGGAUGGUCUCGAUUUUUUCUACGGUCAGAAAAACCAUGCUGUUAAGAUGUUAGACUUCCUCAACUCCGUCGUUCCAGUUAGAUCUAAAAAAUCUGAAGAACUCGUUUCGCAAGAUACACACACGGGUUCCUCCACCUACAAGUUCUCUUUCUCGGUCGAAAUUGUACCUAUCUGUAGAGAUGACCUUGUCGUUCUACCAAAGAAGCUGGCGAAAUCUCUCGGCAACAUUUCCCAGUUUGUGCUGUGUUUCAAGGUCUCUAACACUCUUCAGUUCAUGGAUCCCAUGACCUUGCAGACGGCCGAUCUAUCAGCAUCUGUUUAUUGGAGAACUCCGUUUGAUUCUCUAGCCGAUGUUUCACAGUUGGUUGAGUUCAUAGUCCUAGACGUUGACCCAACCGGCAAAACAAAAAAUAAGUGGGUACUUGCCGAUAUUACUGUUGCUAGGGCCGCUGACCUAGGAGUCAACGAUCAAGUAUACUACGUUCGUUCUCAUCUCGGAGCUCUUUGCCAUCCUGGAGACAGUGUGAUGGGGUACUUCAUCGCCAACUCUAACUACAACUCUGAUCUUUUCGACAAUUUGAAUAUCGAGCAUAUUCCAGAUGUGGUCUUGGUCAAGAAGCAGUACAUUCGUAAGACUCGCAAGAACAGAAACUGGAAGCUUAAGAGAAUGGCUCGUGAGCAUCAAGAGAUUGAGGCUUCUCAAGACUACACAUCCAGACAGCAGAAACAGGAAAUGGAAAGAGCAGAGAGAGACUACGAGGCCUUUCUGCAAGAGCUGGAAGAAGAUUCAGAAAUGCGUCAAACUGUCAACCUUUACAAGAGCAAUGCACCUGUGGCUCCAGCCGAAGGGGAGAUGGAUGAAGAUGACGAUGAAGAUGGCCCACAGAUUGACAUCGACGAGCUUCUGGAUGAGCUAGAUGAGAUGACCUUGGACGAAGCGCCACCAUCUUAG